CUACUGACUUAGAUUUAAGUAUAAUUAUUAAAGCGAUAAAAAUUUUGUCAUUAUUUACUUUAGCAUUAAGUUUAAAAAUUAUUAGAAAAGAAUUAAAAUUUGGUAUUUUUUUAAUUUAUGGUUCUCUUAUUGUACAAGGUCUUUGUUUUUAUUUUUGGUUAGAUGUUCAGAAGUAUUCUGAGGUAGACAAUAUGAUAAAUAUGCUUUCGAUAAACAAUAGAAUGCCUGCGCUUACGCUAAGCAGAAUCUUAGGAAUAAUUUUAUUAGGAUUGACGUUUGUAAAUACAAUUUUAUGUCAUCUAAACUUUGGUAAACAUCAUAUAUUUCUCUUGAAGUUUUUUAAUCCUAACUUGGAUAAGGAGUUUGAGUACUUAAAUGAUAUGGAUGACGACGACGAUGAUGACGAGGAAGAAGAAGAAAAGGAUGAAAAAAUUUCUGAGAAAUUAAACCGAUAUUGGAAAUUUAUUAAAAAA